UCGCUGCAUCCUCUCGCUGCAAAAAGCGCCCAAUCCCCGCUCCCUUCGCUCGCCCUUUUAUCCUUUAAAACACCCCUUUCACCCUUUCAACUCUUUCGCUUUCUUUUCAUCUCUCGAUUCACUACCUCUGAUUCCCAGAUCGAAAUAUCCCAUCUUUUCCGAUUCUAAUCUCAAUUCGGUUGUCCAAGGGAGUUAACAGGACAGUCAUCAGAUCUAGAGGGUAUAGUUUAUAUAGCUAGAAACGAUGUCGUUUACUGGUACCCAACAGAAAUGCAAGGCUUGUGAGAAGACUGUGUAUCCUAUGGAACUUCUAUCAGCAGAUGGGGUUGCUUACCAUAAAACUUGCUUCAAGUGUUUUCACUGCAAAGGCACGUUAAAGCUAAGCAAUUAUUCUUCGAUGGAGGGUGUAUUGUACUGUAAGCCUCACUUUGAGCAGCUGUUCAAGGAGACCGGUAACUUCAACAAGAACUUUCAGUCACCUGCAAAGUCAGCUGAGAAGUUAAAUCCUGAACUGACAAGGUCACCUAGCAAAGCUGCUAGCAUGUUUUCAGGGACACAAGAAAAGUGCGCUGCUUGCGGUAAAACUGCUUAUCCGCUCGAGAAGGUAACAGUUGAAAGCCAAGCCUAUCACAAAUCAUGUUUCAAGUGCUCGCACGGUGGCUGUGCUAUAACACCAUCAAAUUAUGCAGCACUUGAGGGCGUAUUGUAUUGCAAGCAUCACUUCUCCCAACUUUUCAAGGAAAAGGGCAGCUACAACCACCUCAUCAAGUCCGCAACAAUGAAGCGUGCAGCGGCUUCUGUGCCAGAGGCCUAAAUAUCUCCAUUUGAUAUUUUAUUUGUGUGGCUUUAUCUACUUUUCAUUGUGUUUUCCUUCCAUGCCCUCCGAUUUCCAUUGGAAGGAGUAGGCAAAACUUGGUUCUGCCUUGUUUUUUUUCUCUCUUCCUUUCAGCCCAGCUAUACUGGGCAUGUUUGUUGUGUUUGAUUGAUAGAUGGGUUUCAAAUUCCCACAAAUGUAAAAUUACUUGCGGAGGAAUUUCAAUUGCAAAUAUUGGAUUCUACUA